CCAUAACAAGCACCGUUCACUCUACUGUACUCCCCGGAGCCCCCUCGGGCUCCGGAAGACGCGGAGGAAGCGGAUAGAAUCGUCCGCUGGUGCCCCCGUCGUCGUCCGGGUUCCAGCUCGCUGAUGUGGCCCCCGAUUCGUGCCCCCGCGCAUUCUGACAGAACUCCUGCCCUCGGAAUUCGGCUAUGGUGUCCUCGCCCUGAGGUAGGGCCCGGGCGAUGCGAUGCUCGCGAGGCGGUCGUGAAUCGAGGAUGAGCCUUGCAGCUUCUGGCUUCUGCGUCCGCGUGUGCCAAUUCCUCGGCACUUCGACGAUUCUUGUGCUUGCGCAUGGAUUCUGAUUCGCUUCUUGUUCAAGCUCGGUGUGGACGCGGCGGCCCCUGAAUCCUAGACGAGCAAAGGUUAAAAGCAUGCGCGGACGAGGGCUCAAAAGUCAUCAUUAAUAAACUUUGGAGGGUCUCUCGAAGGCUUCAUCCAUGGCCGGCGGGCACUUAUGCUGCGGUCCGGCGGUGCAAUCUGCUGCUGCCAUUCCAGUGCACCGAUUUGUGGAACAGCUCGCGAGGGCAGGUCGAGAGGUGAAGCCGGGAUUCGCUCAUAAACCUCGGGGUUUAGCCUCAAGACCAGUCGAAGCAUGUUCGGACGCAGGGUUCCUCGCAUCUUCGAGGAAUGGGGUGGUGGGCUUUUCACGCGAGAGUCUGCCUGUGGAAGAAAGGGUCGAGCAGACGAGCCGUGCUCUGGGAAUUCGUCUCCCACGAGGUCCUUCGGCAGGAUUGGCUCCGGUGUGGGGGAAGGUGCCGAAUCGGAGGGGAGGGAAGAUUCAUGCCUUCCCCACUGCGGCCGAGAGGAUGAAUCCUCCGGCGAACAACACCGGCGGGAGUAGCCCAUCUGACAGGUACAAGAAGUUCGGAGCGAAGGUGAAGCAGGCUCAGGUGGUCACGGAUGCUCCUGCAGUGGAGAAGGGCAAGUACCGCACGGAUGUGGAGAAUGCCAUCAACAGCCUGAGCUCGCUGCCUCCUCGAGGCAGCAUCGCCAGGUGCAUGGAAGGGUUCAGGAACAAGAUUUCUCUGAAUGACUUCAGUCUGAUUUUCCGAGAAUUCGCCCAACGAGGCGACUGGCAGAGAGCUUUGAGGCUUUUCAAGUACAUGCAACGCCAGCAAUGGUGCAAGCCGAAUGAGCAUGUGUACACUAUAAUGAUUGGAAUCAUGGGCCGGGAAGGCAUGCUGGACAAAGCCUCCGAGCUCUUCGAGGAGAUGCCCAGCAACGAGGUCGAGUGGAAUGUGUACUCCUUCACUGCUCUGAUCAACGCCUACGGACGCAAUGGGCAACACGAAGCCUCUCUGCACCUGCUCGCUCGAAUGAAGCGAGAACGAGUGACUCCCAACCUCAUCACUUACAACACUGUGAUCAAUGCCUGUGCCAAAGGUGGCCUCGAGUGGGAAGGCCUUCUGGGUUUGUUCGCUCAGAUGAGACAUGAGGGUAUACAGCCGGACAUUAUCACUUACAAUACACUUCUCAGUGCCUGCAGUAGCAGAGGCCUCGUGGAAGAAGCAGGAAUGGUGUUCAGAACCAUGAAUGAGGCAGGUGUGGUGCCCGAUCUGGUCACCUACACUUCGUUGGUCGACACAUACGGCCAGGCAGGGCAGUACGAGGGAGCAGCUGAGCUUCUGAGGGAGAUGGAGAGGGCGGGAAAUGUUCCAGACGUAGUGGCCUACAAUGUUCUCAUCGAGGCAUACACCAGAGAGGGCGAGGUGCAAGCAGCAGCCAAGGUGUUCAAGCAAAUGCAACAGGCCGGCUGUGCUCCGAACGUGGGGACUUUCAGCACCCUCCUCGAAGCGUAUGGCAAGCAUGGUCGAUACGACGAGGUGAGGUCUUUGUUCAUAGAUAUGAAGGACAGGGGAACCGAGCCCAAUGUCGUGACCUACAACACUCUGAUCGACGUUCUGGGUCAAGGUGGAUACUGGAAAGAGGCCGUCAGCAUUUUUCAGGACAUGAUCGAGGCAGAAUGUGACCCCAACCUGGAAACGUACUUGGUAUUGCUGUUUGCUUGCGGCAAGGGAGGCCUCCACAAGGAAGCCACCAAAAUCUACCGCCACAUGUGCCAGCAGAACAUCAGCCCGCCCAUCGAGGUCUACCCUGGCCUCAUCAACGCCUACGGCAAAGCCGCCAUGUAUCGAGAAGCAGCCAGUGCGUUCCAGAGCAUGGACGAGUCCGGCUGCGAGCCAGAUCAGGCCACGUACAAUGCUCUCAUUGAGACCUACUCGUCGGGAGGAUUGUUUAAGGAAGCUGGAGCAGCUCUAUGGACUAUGCACGAGGCCGGGUUCCCUGCCGACGUCUCGACUUUCAACUCGCUCAUCGAGGCGUAUGGGAAGAAUGGCAUGUUCGACGAUGCGGUCGAAGUGUUCCGAGACAUGCAGGAAGCCAAGUGCCCUCCGAAUCAGCAAACGUAUGCCACUCUGCUGAGCGUCUACUGCACCGCCGGCCUGUUCGACGAGGCCAGGGCGCAGUUUCUGGAGAUGAAGGAAGGUGGCCUGAUUCCCGAAGUCACGGCCUACUGCCUGAUGCUGUCCAUCUGUGCCAGAAGGAACAGAUGGGAGGACGUGGGGAAAAUGUUGGAGGAAAUGCAAGGGCGGAGUAUGCCAACGCUGCACAGCAUGGUGGCCGGGCUGAUGACGGGCGAGUACGAUACGGACUCCAACUGGGACCUGGUAGAACACGUGCUGGACAAUCUGAAAAUCGAGGGCGUCGGACAUAAUCUGGAGUUCUACAAUGGCCUUCUGGAGGCUCUUUGGUUCUUUGGGCAAAGGAAACGCGCUGCUCGAUUGCUCCAAGAGGGCAGAAAGAGGGGCGUUUUCGUCGAGGCGUUUCGGAAGACCCGUAUGAUGUGGGCCGUCGAUGUUCACAGAAUGUCGACAGGAGCUGCGCUGACAACACUCAUAAUGUGGCUUCUUGACAUGCAAGAGGCCACCAUGUGUGGAGAAGAAUUACCGCCCCUUGUUAGUAUAGUCACGAAGUGGGGUGCUCUAGACGAGAACAAGGACUUGAAGGAUGUCCCCAUCGCUAAGGCCGUCCACAGCGUGCUGCAAACCUUGGGCGCACCCUUUGGUUUUGCUCCUUGGAACCUAGGCCGUAUAGUUAGUCGCGGACAAAUACUUCAACGCUGGCUUCAGGAUUCCUCUUUUCCAGACUUUCUGGCCCUCGACAACACCCGACUUCCAUUAUUUGUUCCCAAUUAUGCCAAAUCAAAUCUUGGCAAAACAAGGGAAUGAUAGAUUAAUAAAGGUAGCAUUCAAUUU